GGGCAGGGCGGCGGGCGGACGAUGCCCGCGCCGGGCGCCGGGGAGGAGCGCCGGCCGCUGCUGGCGCGCAGGCCGCGGGCGCCCCGACGGUGGCGGCGGACGGCGGCGGCCGCCGUGCUGCUGGUGGAGACGCUGGAGCGCGCCGCCUUCUUCGGCGUCUCGGCCAACCUGGUGCUCUACCUCAACAGCGCCAGCUUCCAGUGGGACGGCGAGCAGGCGUCCCGCGCUGCGCUCGUCUUCCUGGGCGCCUCCUACCUGCUGGCGCCCGUGGGCGGCUGGCUGGCCGACGCGUACCUGGGCCGCUACCGCGCCGUCGCGCUCAGCCUGCUGCUCUACCUGGUCGCCUCCAGCCUGCUGCCCGCCACCGCCUUCAGGGACGGCCGCCGCUCCUUCUGCGGGGAGGUGCCCGCGUCGCCGCUGGGGCCCGCCUGCCCGUCGACCGGCUGCACGCGCGUGUCGCCCACCCCGUACUGCGCGCCCACCCUCUACUCCGGGCUGCUGCUGCUCGCCCUGGCCGCCAGCUCCGUCAGGAGCAACCUCACCUCCUUCGGGGCGGACCAGGUGAUGGAUCUUGGCCGCCAUGCCAGCCGUCGCUUCUUCAACUGGCUUUAUUGGAGUAUCAACGUGGGUGCCGUGCUGUCACUGCUGGUGGUGGCCUUUAUCCAACAGAACAUCGAUUUCCUGCUGGGCUAUAGCAUCACCGUGGGCUGCAUGGGCCUGGCCUUCUUCAUCUUCCUCUUUGCCACCCCCAUCUUCGUCACCAAGCCCCCCACAGGCAGCCAGGUGUCCUCCAUGCUUAAACUCGCUCUCCAAAACUGCUGUCCCCGGCUGUGGCACCGACACUCUGCCAGAGACCCUCAAGGCACCCAACCGCUGCCCGACCAGAGGUCUCCCCAGCCUGGCCCUUCCCCACAAGAGGACAUGGCCAACUUCCAGGUGCUGGUGAAGAUCUUGCCCGUCAUGGUGACUCUGGUGCCCUACUGGAUGGUGUAUUUCCAGAUGCAGUCCACCUAUGUCCUGCAGGGUCUUCAUCUCCGCAUCCCGAACAUUUUCCCAGACAACCCUGCCAAUAGCUCCAUGGCUCUGAGAGCCCAGCGCAGCAGCUACAAGAUCCCGGAAGCCUGGCUCCUCCUGGCCAAUGUCGUGGUGGUGCUGAUCCUGGUGCCUGUGAAGGACCACUUGCUCGACCCUCUACUGCAGCGGUGCAAGCUGCUUCCCUCGGUCUUGCAGAAGAUGGCCCUGGGGAUGUUCUUCGGCUUUGCCUCCGUCCUUGUGGCAGGAGGCCUGGAGAUGGAGCGCUUACAGUACAUCCAUCGCAACCAGACGGUGUCCCAGCAGAUCGGGAAGGAUGUGUACUAUGCAGCUCCACUGUCCAUCUGGUGGCAGAUCCCUCAGUACCUGCUCAUCGGGAUCAGUGAGAUUUUUGCCAGUAUCCCAGGCCUGGAGUUUGCGUACUCCGAGGCUCCGCGCUCCAUGCAGGGUGCCAUCAUGGGCAUCUUCUUCUGCCUGUCGGGAGUGGGCUCGCUGUUGGGCUCCAGCCUCGUGGCACUCCUGUCCCUGCCCGGGGGCUGGCUCUACUGCCCCAAGGACUUUGGGAACAUCAACAAUUGCCGGAUGGACCUCUACUUCUUCCUGCUGGCCUGCAUUCAGGCCGCCACGGCCCUCCUGUUUAUCUGGAUCGCUGGCCGCUACGAGAGGGUAGCUCAGGGCCCAACCUCCCAGAGCUGUCCCAGCAGGGACAGGGGCUGAACACCCUCCCCCCAGCUGCCCCCUGCCCCCGCCUGCGCUUCUCUCCCCAGGACACAGACAGCCGCCGUCCCAGUGGGGGUUCCUCGAGUUUAUUCUGUACCCAACGUUAGGAUGAAAUGGUUCUCAUAAAUAAGGGGCGUAAGCCCUUCCUCAUGA